UGGAAUGUAACUUCAAUCGGUGCAUGGGUACAGUAAUCGACUUGCCAAACACGCUCACAACAAAAAAUAUUUUCAUGGGACUCUAUCUUCACGUGCUGCUCACGUGUUUAAUCCUUUUGCUCGUCACCGACUGAGCCGGCCGAGGGUUUAUUAUUCACCGGGGAAGAGCGCGGCGGCGAGAGAACAAACAUGGAGACGGCGGAAACAGCCGGUGCAAAAGGAUUGAGUUGCGAAGCCAUGGAUUGCUUGUCGGAAAGGCUUUCGUUGCAGGAAGAUCUUUACUUUCCUCGUGCUCUUCAAUCCACUGCCUCGAAUCCGUCUCAGCGCAAGGCCAUUCUGCUCGACCUUCUUUCUCGCGAUGUCGCCGUAUUUCUUGAACGAUAUGGAUCACAGUUGACAUCCAAUGAACUGCAUGAGUUUGAUGCUCUCAAGGACGAUUACGAGAUCAAUUGGCAUUUAAAGCACCUUCGGAGUAUAAAGAACCCAACAUCAGAUGAAUUACACACUAGGUCAGUUAUUGUGAAAAAUAGGAGACGGGCAUAUCUAAAUAAAUUGAUAUAUGAUGGUCAGUACUUUUCGGAGGAUGCAAUGAGGGAGAGAGAGCCUUUCUUGCAUCAUGAGUAUGUAGGGAAGUUUCAAGAUCCAAGUGGGAGAGGAAUGGCAAGACCAGGGGAAAGGUGGUCAGAGACUCUGAUGAGGAGAUCAGAAGAAGCAAUGUUGGUUGCUAAGAUCAGAGGAGAGCAACGCAGGUUAGGUGUUGCUGAGAGGGACUUGGUAGGUAAUAAUGUAAAUCAAGGGGAAGAGGAAGAGGAAGAGGAAGAAGAGGAAGAAGAGGAAGAAGAGGAAGAAGAAGAAGAAGAAGAAGAAGAAGCAGAGGAAGAGAAAGAGGAAGUGGGGGAGGACACGAAAGGUAAUAAUAAGCUUGCGAAUGGAGCUGAUUCCAUGGAGAUAACAAGGGCCAUGGAUGAUCAGCAUGAAAUGCCAGCAACAGAGAAUAGUGAAGCUGCUGAGGGUGGGUCUAAUCAUGUAGCAACUUUAUCUGAAGCAGAUAUGCAAGAUCAGAUGGAUCAAUUCACAUAUAUCAUGCAUCAGAAAUUUUUGUUGGGAGAAGACAACGAGCAUUUAGAUUACUCAAAAAUAGACAAUGAUGAGACCUUGGACGAUCACUGGAUGAGGGAAGCCAAUGAUGAUGCCGAGGAGAAAUACUUCGAUGAAGAUUAGAGCGAACGAAAGUUAGUUCUUAUUCAGAUCAGGGAACUGGAGAAACAUAAGAAGAAAUGCGAUUACGAACAAGUUUACUAUGAUCUGUGAUGAGAUGAUGAAUGCCACUGAAAGACUCCAGUGAACGAUAUCAUAACUCUGGUAAGAUUCAGAAAUGGUUACUUUAACGGCAUGGAGUUUGGCAUUAGCGUUUUGCAGUUUCAUUGGCUUUUUGUUUCUCACAGAAGAAAGAAAGUUGGCGAAAUGGAUAGAGAAAACGUUCUAAUGAAAUCGAUAGGGAGAAAUUGGGUUGCUUGGUAUUGGCAUAUGGCUCAACUGAAAUCUCGUAGUUCUGUUCAUGUUCUUUAUGGAAUGUGUGAAUAGUGAUUGUGAUCAUUAUUGGCCUUCUAACUCUCAAUCUGUUCAUGAACAAUGUUGUAUAAAAAGUGAUUUUUUUUUUCUAUUAUAUUACAUGAUAGUUAUCAAAUUA